AUGAAGCGGCGCAAUGCGGACUGCUGCAAGCUCCGACGGCCGUUAAAACGGAACCGAAUCACCGAGGGUAUAUAUAGCAGGUAACGUUACGAACGAAGAAAGGGGUUCUAGUUAGGGACAUGAUCAUACAAUAAUGGCGUCUGAGAUAUAGCAGACAAGACACUCAGCUGUCGUGUAGUGUGUCAGAUAACCCCCGCUUUCGCGUUACUAUUCGUCUGUCGUGUUCGAAUGCCUAAUAGCCUUUUGUUCCAAAAUGUUAACAGCACUGACUGCAUUCACAUUGACGACAAUCAAAAGGCAUUGGAAAAUGUGCUAAAAUGCAUACGCAUAUUAUUGCACGGUUAAUUAGUGGCUACUUAUAGCUAGCUGGCCAUUCAACCCAAACAUGAGAAAAUGAUCUUGUACACUCACUCACUGUCUGGUAGCCCAGUAUUACUAGCGAUACAAAGCAUUGACGGUUCUAAUAUACUUUUGACACUUCAGUGCAUUGUGUCAGCAGCAAGCCUCCAUUGAAAACACCGCACGAGAAAAGCAGCUGUUGAAAAGCCAAUAUGCCCUGACAUGAACACAGGUUUUAAUGUUCUCUUCAAUCUUCCGAUAGUCAUACGCCACUGUGUUAGGUUAUGCAUUUCUGGCCUUGAAUGUAUGGUAUGAACAGAGAGUAAAGCAUAGGACCAGAGCUAAGUAUGAAGGGACUGAAAGCGGUACAAGUGCCCAACCAUGAAUGUAUCUUUAAGUCUAAGUUAGGAUACGUUACAGAUCAAAUUUGAGUGAACCUUUUCCAUUGUUCAGUGGCAAAUGUCUCUUUUUAAAACAUUGGAAAACGCGUGGUCCUGUGGUUGCAGAUUACAUCUAAUCGUGACUGAACUCAGGAUAAAGAUGUUCCAUCUUUAAACACAGUGUUGUUUCUAUGAAUGACUGUGGUACUGAUCAUAUCACAGGGAGUUUUUGUCUAGCUCUGGUACAAACCCACCCCCGUGGGAAAAAUUUUAAAAAAGUGACCACCUUUUUUGGUUUUCCCCCCUUUGUUGGUAAAUUUAAAACCACAUUUUUUUUUUUUAAACCUUUUUUGGCCCCCCCCCCCCCCCCCCCCCAAAAGGAAGGCGGGUUUUUCAUCCAAACCUUUUUCCUUUUUGUUUCCUUUCCCCCCCCCCCUUUUUUGGCCCCCCCUCCAUCCCACCCCCCCCAAAAUCCCCCCCCCCCCCCCCUUUUCUCUCUCUUCCUCCCUCUUCCCCCAUUUUCUUUUUCUUUUUCUUCUUUUCCCCCUUUUUGGGUUCUUGGGUCCCCCCCCUUUCUCUCUUCUCCUUUUUAAUGCUUUAAUUCAGGGGCGGAAAGGUUAACUUGUGCUGUAAAGGAAGUUAAAAAAAUUUUUGAAAAACAAAAAAUUACAGGUAAAUUCCUACCCCCCCCCCCCCCCUUUCUCUCUUUCCCCCCCCCCCCCUCCCCUCUCUCUUUUCCCCUUUUCCCCCCCCCUUUCCCUUUUUUCUUUUUCUUUUUCCAUUCUUUUUCUUUCCCUCCCCCCUUUUUCCUUUUAAUCCCUCCCCUCCCUUUCUUUCCUUUGGGGUUUCUCUUUUUUCCAAAAAAUCCCUCCCCUUUUUUUCCCCCCCUCCCUCUUCCCCUCUCUCCUCCCUCCCUCCUCCCCCCCUCUCUCCCCCUUCCCUCCCUCCCUCCCCCCCCUCCCCCCUCUCCUCUCCCCCACCCCUCCCCCCCCCUUUUUCUCUCUCCAUCCCUCCCCCCUCUCUUUUCCCCCUCCCCUCCCUCUCUCUCCUCCCUCCCUCCCCCCCUCUCUCUCUCCCUCCCUCCCCCCUCCCUCCUCCCCUCCCUCUCCCCCCUCCCUCCCUCCCUCCCCUCUCUCUCCACCCCCUCCCCCCCCUCUCCUUUUCUCCACCCCUCCCCCCUCCCUCUCCCCCUUCCCUCCCUCCCCUCUCUCCUCCCCCUCCCCCCUCCCCCUCUCCCCUCUCCCCUCCCCCCCUUCCCUCCCUCUCUCCCCCCUCCCCCCCAAACCCCCUCCCUCCCUCCCUCCUCUCUCCCUCCCUCCCCCCCCCCUCUCUCCCUCCCUCCCCCCCUCUCUCUCCCCUUCCCUCCUCCCUCCCUCUCUCUCUCUCCCCCUCCCCCCCUCCCUUCCUCCCCUCCCUCCCUCCCUCUUUCUCUCCCCCCCUCCCCCCCCUCCCUCCCCUCCCCCCUCCCCCCCUCCCUCCCCCCCCCUUUCCCUCUUCUCUCUCCCUCCCUCCCCCCCCUCUCCCCCUCUCCCUCUCCAUCCCUCCCUCCCCCCCUCUCUCCUCCUCCCCUCCCUCCCUCCCUCCCUCCCCCCCUCCCUCCCUCCCUCUCCUCCUCCCCCCCCUCCCUCUCUCUCCCCCUCCCUCCCUCCCUCCCCCUUCUCUCCCCCCCUCCCCCCCUCCCCCCCCUCCCCCCCUCCCCCUCCCUCCCUCCUCCUCCCCUUCCCUCCCCUCCCCCCCUCUCUCUCCUUCCCCUCCCUCCCCCCCUCCCCCCUCUUUUUCCUUUUCCAAACCCCUCCCCCCCUCCCCUCUCUCUCUCCAUCCCCCCCCUCCCCCCUCUUCCCUUCCCCCCCUCCCCUCCCUCCCCCCCCCCCCUCCUCCCUCCCCAAAAAAAAAAAAAUCCCCCCUCCCUCCUCUCCCCCAAAACCCUUCCCCUUCCCUCCCUCCUCUCCCCUCCCUCCCUCCCUCCCUCCCCUCCCUCCUCCCCCCCUUCCCUCCCCCUCUCUCUCCUCCUCCCUCCCCCCUCCCUCCCCCCUCCCUCCCUCCCUCCUCCCCCCCUCCUCCCCCCCUCCCUCCCCUCCCUCUCUCCCCCCCUCCCUCCCCCCCUCCCUCUUCUCCUCUCCACCCCUCCCCCCCUCCCCCCCUCUCCUCCUCCCUCCCUCCCUCCCUCCCCUCCUCCCCCCCCCCCCCCUCCCUCCCCCUCCCCCUCCCCCCCUCUCUCUCUUCCCCCCCCUCCCUCCCUCCCUCCCCCCCUCCUCCCCCCCUCCCCCCUCCCUCUCUUUUCCCCUCCCCCCCUCCCCCUCCCCCCCUUUCCCCCUCCCCUUCCCCCCUCCCUCCCUCCCUCCCUCCCUCCCCUCUCUCCAUCCCUCCCUCCCUCUCUCCCUUCUCUCCCAUCCCUCCCUCUCUCCUUCUCUCUCCCUCCUCCCUCUCUCUCUCAGGCGUUCUCAGUGUUCUUUGUGUGUGUGGCGUUUACGUCUGACAUCAUCUGCCUCCUCUUUAUCCCAGUCCAAUGGCUGUUCUUUGCUGCCAGCACCUACGUCUGGGUCCAGUACGUCUGGCACACAGGUCAGUUGACAUCAGCUCUCUGUCAAAUAUUUUAGAUUGGUCUUUCCCACAAUGCAUUGACUUAAUCCUGUGUGUCAUGUGAUUCAUAUGUUUAUAUAUACCAGUUAUCAAAUGUGGAUGUACAUUUAUGUAUUCAGAUAUGCAUGUACAAAAUAAUUGUGUAUUUCUUUGUCUGCGUUUACACAGGCAGCCCAGUUCUGAUCUUUUUCCACUAAUUGGUCUUUUGACAAAUCAGAUCAGCUCUUGCCAAUAAUUGGGCAAAAGAUCAGAAUUGGUCUGCCUGUGUAAACACAGGCUUUAACUCUCACACCGUCUUCCAUCUGGGCCCUUCCCCCUUGCACAGAGAGAGGAGUGUGUCUACCCACCGUAUCGCUAUGGAUACUGUUUGUGUACAUGGAAGCUGCCAUCCGCUUCAAGGACCUGAAGAACUUCCACGUGGACCUGUGUCGGCCCUUCGCUGCUCAC